CGGUACCAUCUCGAAAAUGGGCAACAACGCCACUACAUCCAACAAGAAGGUUGACGCUGCCGAAACCGUCAAGGAGUUUCUCGAACAGGCCAAAGAGGAGUUUGAGGAGAAAUGGCGCCGCAAUCCCACAAAUACCGCCUGUCUCGAUGACUUUGAACGCAUCAAGACACUGGGCACGGGCUCUUUCGGUCGCGUCAUGAUAGUACAACACAAGCCGACAAAAGACUACUACGCCAUGAAGAUACUCGACAAGCAGAAGGUCGUCAAACUGAAGCAGGUCGAACACACACUCAACGAGAAGCGUAUUCUGCAGGCCAUUUCCUUUCCUUUCUUGGUUUCCCUACGCUACCACUUCAAGGACAACUCCAACCUCUACAUGGUGCUGGAGUAUGUGCCCGGCGGCGAGAUGUUCUCGCAUCUGCGCAAGGUGGGUCGCUUCUCGGAGCCCCACUCGCGCUUCUACGCAGCCCAGAUCGUACUCGCCUUUGAGUAUUUGCACUAUCUCGACUUGAUAUACCGCGAUUUGAAGCCGGAGAAUCUGCUUAUCGACUCACAGGGCUACCUCAAGGUAACCGAUUUUGGUUUUGCCAAAAAGGUCAAGGGCCGCACUUGGACUCUUUGCGGCACACCCGAAUACCUCGCCCCCGAGAUCAUUCUCUCGAAGGGCUACAACAAGGCCGUCGACUGGUGGGCCCUCGGUGUGCUCGUCUACGAAAUGGCCGCCGGCUAUCCACCCUUCUUUGCCGACCAGCCCAUACAGAUUUACGAGAAAAUCGUGUCGGGUAAGGUGCGUUUCCCCUCACACUUUGGCUCCGAUCUGAAGGAUCUGUUGCGCAACCUGUUGCAGGUCGAUCUAACCAAACGCUAUGGCAACCUGAAGGCCGGCGUUAACGAUAUUAAAAAUCAGAAAUGGUUUGCAUCCACAGAUUGGAUAGCGAUCUUCCAAAAGAAAAUCGAGGCUCCAUUUGUGCCACGGUGUAAAGGACCCGGCGAUACAAGUAAUUUCGAUGACUACGAGGAAGAGGCGCUGCGGAUCUCAAGCACCGAAAAGUGCGCCAAAGAGUUUGCUGAAUUCUAAUUGUAUUCUUUUAAUUUUUAUUGUUUCUUUACUAAAACUAAACAACAAAAUAAUAAUAAUAAAAACAAAAACAACAACAACAAACCAAUCCAACGUUCGUUCGUACCUACGUUCGUGCAUUCUCAUCACAUCUGGUUGUUCGCUCGUUCGUUCGUCCGUCGUCGUCGUCGUAGUUCGUAGUUUUGUGCAUUAUAAAUAAUACGCGUUGCGUUCGUUUCAUUGUUUCAUUUAAAUUUAAAAAAUAAUAAAGAAAAAACUAAGAAAAAUAAUUGAAAAAAAUACAUAAAAAUCUAAGAAUUAGAAGUAAAAACUUAAUUAUUUUCCGUUCGAUCCGGUUGAAUAAUAAAUAAAUUAAUAAUAAAAAGAGACAAGUGUUUUAAAGUGUCAGUAAUUUACGCGAAACGGGUUCGGUUAACUAAAUUCCUAGUAAAGUGAAUCUUGAACAAAUUUAAUCACUUCCAAACAUUUAAACAAACAAACAACAUCCAUCCACACCAGCCAGCACCCAACAAAAUUUGUCAUCACAACUACAGCAGCAGCUACUUGCUGCCACAACUACUGUGUUUUUAAACUGUCUGUUGGACCUUCAUACAAGCGCUAAUAUAACGCAAUAUUGGAUUACAAUCAUCAACAUAUUACAAACAUUACAAUCAGUCAAAGUCAACAUCAACGUCGUCGCCGUCAUCAUUCUCAUCAUGAUUAUCAUCAAUAUAUAACUAUAUGUAAACACCAAAGCAAUAUUAUAACAAACAACAACAACAACAAAGCAAAAAAAAUAAAGGUUUUUUGAUACUUUGCUAAAAAAAACAAAAUAACGGCAAUAUUAAGGGACCGUCCGCUCUUAGGGGAAAUUAUUAAACAAAACAAACAAAUAAUUGUAAAAAAAUAAUAACAAAAUACAGCUGAGAAGAGAACAACAACACACUAGCAUCAUCCCAGAGAUCAAUAACAAAUAACAAAUUACCAAUUUCCAAUUGAAGGAUCGUGUGCGGAUUAUACGGGUUAAUCAUAUUUAGCGAAUUAAUAAUAAUAAUAAUUAUAAUAAUAAAACAAAGAUCAUCCUUAAAAAAUACGACAUGUUUUUUGAUUUUAGUUAUUUUUUUUUAUAACAACAAUUAUUGUUUUUUUUUUAAAAAAUAUUUUUUGUUUUUUAUUAUUAUAAUACUAUAUUUUGUAGCAUAAUUCUUUAAAUUUAAUAUUAAUGAUAAUGAUAAUAAUAAUACAAAAAAAAAACUGAGCAAAUUAAUAUAAUUUAAGAGAUCGCAAACAUUUGAUCUUAAAAAUAAAAUACAAAAAAACUAAUAAAUAAAUUUAUUGCUACUUUAUAUAUAUAAAUUUAUAUAUUUAGUAAAAUACUACAUAAUAAACACACAUACACCACUAUUCAAUUAUUUAUUUGUUUAUGUAUAUUUAAUAUUAUUAAAAAAAAAGAAAACUUUGAAAUAAAAAAAACAACCACACACACAUACAACACACAGACAUUUGUUUAUAAAACACUAAGAGAAAAAAAAUUAAGAACAAAAACAAUACUAAUCACAAGACUAUUCAGGUGUAAAAAAAAUAUAUAUAAAAAUAUAUAAAUGAGAAUAUAUACAUACAUAG